AUGUCGCCAACUGCUCACAUCCAGCGUCUUUCCGGCUACCUAAGAAUACCGCCUUCUCUAGAAAUUUCGCCAGAUCACCCCUUCUCUCGUCCAACCCUUCGCCAUCCAGACUUUUCGCCGAAUAAUAUAUUAAUAGGCUCCUCAAAUGACAUUGUGGGGAUUAUUGAUUGGCAGCAUGCUAUGGUUCAACCACUUUGUCUAUGUGCUGGUAUACCUCGCCACUUUCAAAACUGGGGUGAUCCGGUAUCAGAAACUCUAACAAAACCAGAAAUCGAAUUGCCAGAAAACUUUGAUAACCUAAACCAGUACGAGCAAUCCGCGGCCCAAGAGACCAUGCGAAAAGGUCUUGUCCAUUUUACUACUCUUAACCAUGAGAGUCAUGCCAGAUCAUUUUAA